CUGUGCCGACGCCCGUCACCGGACGGACCCGUACUCAGGGGUCGUAUUGUGGAGACUGAGGCCUAUUUGGGCGCCGAAGACAAGGCGAGCGCCACCUAUAAUGGCCGUCGGACUGAGCGCUUGGAACCGCUGUACAUGAGUGGCGGCACGUGUUUCGUGUACUUCACGUACGGCAUGUAUUACUGCAUGAAUCUGUCGGUGGCUGGCGAUGGACAGGCGGUGCUGUUGCGUGCGGUGCAGCCGUUGGAGGGCUUGGAGGCUAUGCAACGAUUGCGGGCGAAGUCGAGGAAAACCAAAACCGACAAACCGUUCGCCGAUAAGAUGCUGGCGAACGGGCCGUCGAAACUGUGUAUGGCUUUCGACAUCAAUAAGGAUAACGUGAAUAAGGAAGACAUCACUGACAGUACACUGAUUUGGUUGGAAUCGGGAGAUGCCGUUCCCGACGAGGAUAUCGUGUGCGCCAAACGGGUCGGUAUAGACCGGGCGCCUAAGGAGUGGGCGAACAAACUCCUCAGGUUUUACAUCAAAGACAACGAAUUUAUUAGUCAGAAGUAG